UCUGUCUCCAUUUUCAAAUCGGCUAAGCUUUAUUGCGCACAGCAAAUGUUGUCAGCAAAGAAGUUUAAAUAAAGAGACGGAUCGUUUGAAUCAUUCAAGAGAGAACAGAACAUCCUCCUCCUGCAGACCGUCAAACAAAAUGAUGGAGCUACCUAACUACAGCAGACAGCUGAUGCAGCAGCUGUGGGCCCUCAGGAAGGAGGGCCACUUCUGUGACUGCACCAUCCUGGUGGGAGACAACCCUCACCGAGCACAUAAACUGGUGCUGGCUGCCUCCAGCAUGCUCUUCAGGUCUCUUCUGGAUGGCUCCGACACCAUCUCCAUCGACACAGCCAUGGUUUCCUCGCAGGAGUUCGGCUGUCUGCUGGACAUGGUCUACACAGGCAAGCUGCCUCUAGGCAAACACAAUGUCAGCCGCAUCGUUGCGGCUGCGGACAGCCUACAGAUGUUCGACGUGGCCGUCGGCUUCAAAAACGUCCUCACCAGUCUUGUAAAGCAGCAACCCACAAUACCAGUCCUUUCUACAUCGACCCCAAGCCUGACCGUGAUCAAAAAAGACCAGAGCCUGAACCCCGAAGGCUCAGCUUCACCCAAUGAGGACGACUCGUCUUUAGACAAGACAGAGCCAGUGGCUGAACUGAAGGAGGAAGACUGUCAGGGUGACAGUAAAGAUGCAGAGGAACCAGCAUGUAAAAGACCAUGUGUGGAUUUUACUGAGCCCUCAGAGCCUGAAGAUCGCAAACCCCCCGAGAGUGCAGUGGCGGAGAGAAACACAACGGCAGCCAAGAUGUCCAGUAGGCCUGAAACUGGUUUUCUGGGAUGCUCCUCUCAGCUUGUGGAGCUCCUCACCAGCAUGUCCUCUGUCCUGGAGCUGCUGAGGCAGGCAGCAGAGAGCAGCCUGGAUGAACGUGAGAGACAGGUUGUUUGUCAGUGCUGUGAGGAGGCUGAUCCCAGCUCAGCGUUGGAGAAGCUGAUGAGCAGAGUGAAGGAGGGCCGGCUCAGUGACGGAGCGCUCGUCAGGCUGCUCCGCACUGUUCAACAGAAAGCUCCAUCCUCCUUCCCCACGCCACUGCUCUCUCUGCUGGAGGAGGAGGAGGGGAACACGCAGGGGCCAGAGGGAAACCAAAGUGCAGACGACUCAGAAAAACAGAACGGCACUAAAGCUGAAGAAAAGCAGAAGGAAGAGGGAGAGGAAGAAGACAGUAAGGAGGAGAGCGAAGAGGAUAACAAAGUCAUAGAUGCUACAACAGACUCUCCCUCCCCUGCCCCCUCCUCCUCUUCUCCGCCCCCCUCUAAGCCCUACUCCUGUCGCUGGUGUAAGAAGGGCUUUGCCUACAAGUGUCGAAUGCUGGCCCAUAUGAAGCGCUGCCCCAUGUCCCAGGAGUGUGAGCAGCAGUGCCCACAGUGCCCCGCGAAGCUGCCCAAUCAGCGGGCCCUGCAGCACCACCGGGCCGAGGUGCAUCGCAGCGCCGCACGAGUGAAGAAGAAGGUGGCCUGUGACCUCUGUGGGCGAACCUUCGCCCACCCAUCAGGCAUGAUUUACCACAAACGCACCGAGCACUUUGAAGAGAAACCAUUUGCUUGUGAGGACUGCGGCGCGAAGUUCGGCGCCAACUCGUCUCUGAAGAAUCACAUGAGGCUGCACACAGGGGAGAAACCUUACCGCUGCAAACACUGUGACAUGAGCUUCAGCGUGGCUGCUGCACUCGCAUACCACACCAAGAAGAAACACUCUGAGGGGAAGAUGUACGUGUGUCAGUACUGUAAGGCCGUCUUUGCCCAGUCCAUUGAACUGACGCGCCAUGUGCGAACACACACUGGUGACCGGCCGUAUGUGUGUCGAGAAUGUGGCAAAGGCUACAGCCAGGCCAGCGGACUCACCGUCCACCUGCACACCUUCCACAAUUUGUCGGAGCCUCAUGACUGUCAGAAGUGUUGCCUCAGCUUCUCCUCGUUGGAGGAGCAUCGGCAGCACAUCCAGGAGUUCCACCCAAAAGAGUUCCAUAAGUGUCCCAUCUGCAGCAAGGUGUUCACCAGCGCCGCCCUGCUGGACAAACACAAGGGCACACAUACUGGAAACAAGCCCUUCAGCUGUGACCUCUGUAACAAGUCUUAUCAGCAACUAUCUGGCCUAUGGUACCAUAACAGGACCAACCACCCUGAUGUGUUUGCUAACCACACCCGGCAGCUCAAGACCCUGGUCCAGUGUGAUGUCUGCUUCAAGUUCUUUCCUAGCGCCGCCAGUGUGGCCAAACACCAGGCUGCUGAGCACCAAGGCUCAGGAGCAUCGGCGGUGCAUUGUCCGUACUGUCCGGCUGUGCUGGGAGGGGAGGAGGAGAUGCAGGAGCACAUCAGCAGCCAGCACGUCAGCCAGAGCGGCGAGCCGUUCAGCUGCCCGCUCUGCUCCCUGGUCUGCACCUCCCAGCUGGAGCUGCAGGAGCACCUGCUGUCCUUCCACGUGGGGGCACAGGAGGAGCAGGAGGCCGCCGAGGAGCAGGCCUCCUCCUCCCACACGGUGAUAUCAGCAGAUCCAUCGGGCAGUGAAGGGGCAGAGUCAAUCAUCUCUGAGGAGCAGGCACAGCUGGCAGCUGCCCAGCAGGUGUUUGUGGCUCUGGCAGGCGGGAAAGAGAGCGAAUCAUCAGCAGAGGUGGUGGAGGUCAACAUGUAUGACCUACUGAACAGUUCAGUCACCUUCAUCUGUGAGGACAAACAGUUAGGUCCAGACUCGUAGCCGGGAACUCUGAGUCCUGGAGGAUCACUCUGGACACUGUCUCAUUAACACACCUUCAGACUAUUAACUGAUAUAAGUCAGUGACAAAGCCAAGGACUCUUUGUGUUGUACGUUCAUGUUUAGUCCACCAAAGUCUUUUCUCUGAAGCAGUACUGCAGUUUGAAUAAAUGUAGUAAAUGUGUUUUACUUUAGUUUAUAUACAGAAACCCAGGGUGGCUUCUAAAAUGUGUCCUGAAAGAGCUCAGGCUUUCAGCCCCAAUCACAUUGGUUCCUACUGAAGAUGUAAAUCUUCACAAACUGAUCACUAAUGUAACUCAACAACCCUGAUUCCAGAAAAGCUGGGGCGCUGUGUGAAACAAACUGUUUUACAAAGCAUCCCAGUUAUUCUGGAAUCAAGGCUGGAGUUUAAUUUUUAAAAAAGGCAGCUGCCCACUGACUCGUUUUUACAAACUGUGCACUUCAUCAUCAGUGGUGGAUUCACCCACAUUUGGUGCGUCACAUAAUAAGAACAUAAAGGUAAGAUGUGGCUGCAUUGCAUUCUGGGUUAUUCUCUGCUGCUGUAGGAGUAGCAACUCUUCUACCCUGCAUCUGUUGGUGUGUGAUUGUGAAAUGUCAGUGAAAGUGACAGCUCAGAGCAGUCAUUUCUCCUCUGACGUACCUCUCUGCGGCCUGAGACAUUUCUCUUCAUGUGUCAUAUUGUCCAAAUGUAUUAGUGCAGUUAACCAGGAACACCAUCAAAACAACUAGUCCAGAAAUAGUUCAUCGCUAGUUAAAAAAAAAAAGUGUGUUUAUGGGUGAAUUGUCACAUUAGGAAUAAAAACAAAUCAAAAUGGAAAUGUUUUUAUUUGUUUAUUACAGAAGGUUGACAGGCAGCAGCCUGCCGACAGCCUACAUUCUGAUCGUCACAUACACACUCUGAGUGGCAUCAUGCAGCAAAGUCCUGAGUAGUAAGUAGAACAAAGAAUAUGUUUGUUGACAAGUUGGGAAUAUUCGUACUUUUAAUGAAGGAGAACAUAAUGUCUUUAAAAAAUAAGAUAAGUUACAAAAUCCAUACUAAAUCUGUAAUUUUGAGUUCCACAUAAGGAAAAAUCUGACUUAACAAAUUUGUUAUAUUCCUCUUUUGAACCUUUAUUUCAUUACAUGCUUUUCAUCUGAGCUGGAGUGAAACCAAAUCAAAAAAUGCAAACAAAUGCGUCAAGUAAGAACAGUCAAGACAUCGUCUUUCUACCAGAGGAGAGCCUGAUUUUAAUGAAGGACUGCUAAAACGUCAAACCCAGUCCAUCAGUGACUGGACUGUUGACUGGCUUUCUCACAGCUUCCCUGCAUUGUGUGCAUUCUGCAGGUGAUUAGUGCUUUUGGAGAAUCAAGACAUGUUGACUUAUCUUUCACUGCCUCUUGUUGACUGGUUUGUAUGUGCAUGAGCUACCUAAUAGUGACUAAACCACAGUACAUCCAAUAGGUCUUUGUGCAUCAGGUUCUCGGACAGUUUAAAAACAUU